CCUAAACUAGACUAUUGAUAGUUUCUGAACAAGGAAUUUACCAUAAUUAAUAAUUGAUGGACAAAUUCAUUGCAAAAAACCACAAGGAGUAAUUUAUACUUUACUUAAAGAAACAAUGCACAACACGAAACAAGAUAAAAGAAUCCUAUCUAUACUUUACUUAAAGUGGAAAUCUAUUCUAAACUCCAAAGUGACAUGAGUGAAUUUUGCUUUGUCCCAGAUGAAAAAUUGGUAUUAAUUUCAUCCUGAAGCUGAUCCUUCCUGGCUUUACUUGACAGUUAAACUUGAAAUCGAUUCCAAUGGGCUGUAUGCUCGAACCCCUUAACAGCAUCAGAUAGAUACCAAAGUCAUGACAACCAGAAACACAUCACUUUCUCAACUUAUAAAUAAAAACCUGUAAGCUCACAUCGACAUCUCCUUCCCUCAUAAGAGAAAACUAAACUCACUUUCCCUCCUUUUCUAGGCUAUUUUAUUUUCCCAUCCCCCAAACAUUCCCGUAUGAGUAACUAUAACAUGAAGGUGUCAUCGUCUCCCAAGGUCAGCAAACACGUGGAGUGUCUCAGACAUCUUCAGAGCCAACAUGAUGAGCUGGAAGCACAGUUUCUUGAGGAGAGAAAGGCAUUAGAAGCUAAAUACCACAAGCUUUAUCAACCACUAUACACUAAGAGAUAUGAGAUUGUGAAUGGUCUAGAAGAAGUUGACGGGGUUAUGUCUGCUGAAUUAGAUAGCAUAAAAGAGGAUCAAGCUACAGAAGAGAAAGGAGUGCCUGAAUUCUGGCUCACUGCAAUGAAAACUCAUGAAGUACUAGCAGAGGAGAUUAAGGGACAAGAUGAAGGAGCCCUAAAGUUCAUAAAAGAUAUCAAGUGUUCGAGACUUCAAAAUCCUGAGGGUUUCGAGCUGGAGUUUUACUUCAACCCUUGUCCUUACUUCAAAAAUUCUGUCCUGACCAAGACUUACCACAUAAUUGAUGAAUCUGAUCCUAUUUUGAGUCAAACAAUUGGGACGGAAAUUGAAUGGUUUCCUGGGAAAUGCUUGACGAAGAAGGUGAUUGUGAAGAAGAAACCAAGAAUGGGGUCAAAGAUUGCAAAAAUCAUCACAACAAUUGAGAACUGUGAAAGUUUCUUCACAUUCUUUAAUCCUCCUCAUAUCCCUGAGAAUGAGGAUGAUCUUGAUGAUGAUGCUAAUGAUGAACUUCAGGACCGGAUAGAACAGGACUACAAUGUAGGUAUUAUUAUUCGGGACAAAAUCAUUCCACAUGCCAUGUCAUGGUUUACUAGAGAGGUUAUCGAGGAUGUUGAGUUGGAAGGUAUAGAUUAUGAUGACAAUGAUGGUGGUAAUGGUGGUGAUGAUGAUAAUGAGGACGAGGCUGAGGCUGAGGCUGAGCAAGAAGAGAAAACAAAACAAGGUGUGAAGGACAUCAAAGAGGACCAUGAUGAGGAUGAGGAUGAGGAAGAGGAAAAUGAAAGAAAAUGGGGCCUGAAGAAGGAUGAUGAUGAGGAUGAGGCUGAAGCUGAGGAGAAUAAUGAUAGGGAUGAGGAGGACAAUGAAAGCGACAAGAAGGCUGAGCAAGAAGAGAAAAUAAAACAAGGUGUGAAGGAGAUCAAAAAGGACCAUGAUGAGGAUGAGGAUGAGGAAAAUGAAAGAAAAUGGAGCCUGAAGAAGGAUGAUGAUGAUGAUGAUGAUGAGGAUGAGGUUGAAGAUGAGGAGAAUAAUGAUACGGAUGAGGAUGACAAUGAAAGCGACAAGAAGGCUGAGCAAGGAGAGAAAAUAAAACAAGGAGUGAAGAAGGACAUCAAAAAGGACCAUGAUGAGGAUGCGGAUGAGAAAAAUGAAAGAAAAUGGGGUCUGAAGAAGGAUGACGAGGAUGAGGAUGGGGAGGUUGGAGAUGAGGAGAAUGAUGAUGGGGAUGAGGAGGACAAUGAAAGCGACAAGGAGGUUGAGCAAGAAGAGAAAAGAAAUCAAGGUGUGAAGAAGGACAUCAAUGAAGACCAUGAUGAGGAUGAGGAUGAGGAUGAAGAAAAGGAAAGAAAAUGGGGCAAGAAGAAGGAUGAUGAUGAGGAUGAGGAGAAUGAUGAUGGGGAUGAGGACAACAAUGAAAGCAACAAGGAGGCUGAGCAGGAAGAGAAAAGCAAACAAGGUGUGAAGAAGGACAUCAAAGAGGACCAUGAUGGGGAUGAGGAUGAGGAAAAGAAAAGAAAAUGGGGCCUCAAGAAGUUUGAUGAUGAGGAUGAGGAUGAGGAUGAGGAUGAGGAUGAGGAUGAAGAUGAGGAUGAGGAUGAAGAUGAAGAUGAGGAGAAUGAUGAUUGGGAUGAGGAGGACAAUGAUGAUGAUGAGGAUGAGGAUGAAGAUGAGGAGAAUGAUGAUUGGGAUGAGGAGGACAAUGAUGAGGAGAAUGAUUAUGGGGAUGAGGAGGUGAAUGAAAACGACAAGGAGGUUGAGCAAGAAGAGAAAAGAAAACAAGGUGUGAAGAAGGACAUCAAUGAAGACCAUGAUGAGGAUGAGGAUGAGGAUGAGGAUGAAGAAAAGGAAAGAAAAUGGGGUCAAAAGAAGGAUGAUGAUGAGGAUGAGGAGAAUGAUGAUGAGGAUGAGGAGAACAAUGAAAGCAACAAGGAGGCUGAGCAGGAAGAGAAAAGCAAACAAGUUGUGAAGAAGGACAUCAAAGAGGACCAUGAUGGGGAUGGGGAUGAGGAUGAGGAAAAGAAAAGAAAAUGGGGCCUAAAGAAGUUUGAUGAUGAUGAUGAUUAUGAGGAUGAGGAUGAAGAUGAGGAGAAUGAUGAUUGGGAUGAGGAGGACGAUGAUGAUGAGGAUGAAGAUGAGGAGAAUGAUGAUUGGGAUGAGGAGGACAAUGAUGAGGAGAAUGAUUAUGGGGAUGAGGAGGAAGAUGAUGAUGAUGAUGAAGGUGAGGAGAAUGAUUAUGAGGAUGAGGAGGAGGACGACGACGAUGAUGAGGUGUUGCGAUGUCGCGGUUGCACAAAUUAAUUAUCCUAUCUUAAAUAAACAAGAUAGUAUAGAACAAGUAAGGGGUCGAUCCCAUGAGAAAGGUUUAAUUCAAAUUUUUAUGUUGUAAGAUAUACAAUUGGGGAGGUUGUGAAGUUAUCUAAUGGUAUGCUAUAGUAAACAGAAAGAAACAAUUAAUGCUAAGUCAAAGAAAACAAAAAUUUAUCAAGAAAAACAAACCUUGGUCGCAAGAAAACAUCUACCUACAUAAAUCAGAACUGAUCAUAGAAACGAAACAUCAAUUUAUGCUCUGAAUAUUUAUCUU